AUGCGGGAAGAGCGAUUUGGUCAGCCAGCCGCUAGUGUUGCUGUAGAGCAAGUUACCCGUACAAAAUGUACACAGACGCAGACGUCUAACUCUUCCUGUUUACCAAGUCAGAGCGAGGAUAUUCAUAGAAUGGCGGCGAAUAUAAAUCCGGCACCCGCCUGCUUAAAAGCAGAUGUGUGGGAGCACUUUGGUUUUAAAAAAACGAAGGAAAGCAACGACUUGGAUAAAAGCGUCGCGGUUUGUAAGCUAUGUGGCACUAAAGUUAAGUAUUCCGGCAAUACCACAAAUUUACGAGCGCACCUAAAACGUCACCACCUGGACAAGUUUAUGCUUACGGAGGACCCAAAGCAGCAGCGGCCGCGUGACCCAAAACAAACUACGCUGGACAUUGAUGGCGGUUGUUCCCACAAGUUUCCGUCUGCUUCACCAAGGUCGCAGAAAAUUACAGAGUCCAUUGCCUACUUUAUUUGCCAGGAUUUGAGACCAUAUUCAGUGGUGGAAAACCCCGGCUUUAGGCGCAUGGUGAACGCGAUGGAGCCCCGCUAUCCGAUUCCAACCCGCGAACACCUCACCAAGGUUUCCAUUCCCGGGCUGUACGCUCAGACAAGGGCACACGUUAAAGCCUCCCUGGCCAGUGCGGAGAGAGUUGCCCUGACGUGCGACGGCUGGACCUCGCGCACAACUGAAGCGUAUGUUACCAUCACGGCCCACUUUAUCAACGAGGAAUGGGAGCUCGUUACGUAUGUUUUACAAACCAGGGACAUGCCCGAGAGCCACACCGGACACAACCUGGCAGAACAUCUGAGAAAGGCCCUCGCUGAGUGGGGAAUCACAGAAAAGGAUCCAGUAAUCGUCACUGACAAUGCCUCAAAUAUGACAAUCGCAGCUGAGGAGGCAGCAUUCACACUUCAUGUCAAAUGUUAUGCUCAUACACUAAAUCUAGCUGCACAGCGUGCCCUCAAAAUCACAGCAGUCGCACGCCUGCUGGGAAGGGUGAGACGCAUUGUGAGUUUCUUCAGACGGAGCACCACAGCCAACCACAUGCUGAAAGAAAAACAGAGGCUUCUACGACUACCAGAGCACAAGUUGAUGACGGAUGUAGUUACCAGAUGGAAUAGGGCGCAUGACAUGCUGGAAAGAUUCCUGGAGCAACAACCGGCCAUCUGCGCAACCCUGCUCUCGAGUGAAGUCAGGAAGACCGAGAAAGAUCUGUGCACACUGACUGAGUCAGAUGUGACAACAGCUGAAGAAGUAGUCAGCGCUCUGAAGCCUAUGAAAGAGGCAACACAGUACAUGUCCAAGGAGAAGACCCCCACACUGUCAGUCGUCGCACCCCUCCAGGACACACUGAUCAACGGACUGAAACCGAUCGAAGGUGAAUCUGCAGUCAUAAAAGAGAUGAAGGCUGCCAUGGCUGGGGAUCUUCAGAAGAGGUAUAUGGACCUCAAGGCAACUCUCCAUGCCUGUUCAGCGAUGGAUCCAAGAUUCAAAAGUCUUCCCUUCCUGACUGAAGAUGAAAGACAGGAAGUUUAUGAUGGACUGAUUGUAGAGGCUGCAAGACUGAGCAUGCAGCCAUCAGAGUCACUUUGGAGUGUGGAUGAAGAGGGCACAGCAAAUGCUCAUGCUCAUGAUGAGGGGAUGGCAUCUAAAGAAGAUAAAGACGCUGUGGAUGAAGGAGAGCAUUUCAUGGAAGGAGUGAGCAGUCAAGGUCAGCGUCCUCCACCCAGGAAUCCAAGGCCCUCUUGUCCACUGGCUGCCCUUCUUGGUGAACGAUACGGUGGUGGUGCAGCACGAACCAAGAAAAAUACCCAAGAGGACGAGGCCAAGGAGCAGAUGACCCGCUACAAGGAGGCAGAUCUCCUGGAAGUGAAAGAAGAUCCACUGGUCUGGUGGAAGGAGCACCAGUAUCAGUAUCCACUCUUGUCACAACUUGCUAAAAGGUACCUCUGUAUCCCUGGCACUAGCGUUUCCUCUGAGAGGGUAUUUUCCACAGCCGGAGAUAUCAUCACUGCUCAGAGAAGCGCACUUCUCCCAGAGCAUGUGGAUCAAAUUAUUUUCCUAAACAAAAAUCUGAAGACAAUGUAGAUCACUUGGUCUGCAGUUAUGUGGAGAGGAGAGUUUGUUUAGUGUUCACUUAAGGCCUUAAGCUACUUUGCUAAGAUGGGUAAAAAAAAAUUCAACUUGAAUUAUUGUCUGGCUGCCAUGGUUUAUUUUUUCUGCUGGCUAGACUGGCUACCUCACAUACGUGUAGGCUUACAGGCCUUAAAAUACUCAGCUAAGUUUUAAGUUAAAUGUUCUUAUUGACUUGAAUUAUUUGAUGUUUUGGAGAAGCCAUGGUACUACUAUGUUUACUUACCUG